GAUUGUCACGUGCCAGUAGUAGUAGUAGUAGUAGCAGUCACUGGGAAUCACAAAUGGGACGGUGGAAUCUCAAGUAACUUCACCUUCCAAACUUCCGCCCACACUCUCCACAGCCACAAAACAAAACCAUACUCUGAUUUGUAUGUACGUAUAAAGACCCAUCUCCAUUCCCUCCCAUAUCCACCCACACUUACUUGCGUAUAUUUCUUCCCUUCUUUUCUCUCUCCCACAGCCUACAAAAUACAACGAGAAACAAAGACAAAAAGACCCGGUUGAAGAACAAUGUCGGAUUGGGGCCCAAUUUUCGUGGCAGUGAUCCUGUUUGUACUGUUAACUCCUGGUCUGCUGUUUCAGGUCCCUGGCCGCCAUCGCUGUGUCGAGUUUGGCAAUUUUCAGACUAGUGGUGCUUCCAUUAUGGUCCAUUCUCUCCUUUACUUUGCUCUUAUUUGCGUCUUCUUGCUGGCUGUUAGGAUUCAUUUAUACAUCGAUUAGUCAAAUAUAGCAGUCACCAAAGAUUGAUGUAUUAACUUUUUAAGUACACAGAAUGUUAUAAGGAUUAUCUUUUUUCUUUUUCUUUUUUAUCUUUUUCUGGGUCUGAAAGUCUGUUGUGGUACCUUAUAUUGUAGCUCGCCAUUUGCUAAGUAAUAACAGUGGAGAGAAGCUGUUUCUUCA